AUGGAUCAAGUAUCUAACUUUUUCGAGAACAUACUAACAGUGGAAGCCAAUGAGAAGGAGUCUGAUGCUAAAGGAAAGACUACACAGAAUGAAUUAAAGCAAUCUAAGCUCAUGUCAGAUAAACUGAAGCGUAAGUCGGAAAGUGAUUUUGCAUUCUGGACUCAUAAGAAGGAAGGAAAUGACGAACAAAAGUCUACUAAUACCUUGCUUACUGAUAAGCUAAUGGAAAAGAUCAUCUCUAUGGUCAUUCCAAUGAAUGUUAAAGAUCAGGGUGCAUUAAAUGAGAGAUUGGAAAUGCAGAAGACUCGACCUCCGUUAUCUGUAAACUUAAUAUCGAAAAAUUCUAUUUUAUUGAACCUGAGGUUGUCUGUUCCGUUUGAAACCAUCGAUGGUGUAAUUAAAUUUUUCAAUUGGGAUAAUCUGUCGUUCACAGUGGGUAUACUAUUGGUAAUAACCCAUAUAAUUCUAAAUCCAUACUUAAUACUCGUUUUGCCAUUGUUGCUAAUUUUAAUCAAUAUAAUGGUCCCCCACUAUCUAGUGCUUCAUCCAACGGAUAGGUCCGUGCUAAAUUCGAUGUAUUUUCAGCGAAACCCUGUACCUGAUGAUGGGCCUGCUUUACGUGAGUCUGAAAUACCGAAGCCAGUACCCGAAUUUUCAAACGAAUUUAUUUUGAACUUGACUGACUUGCAGAAUCAUAUGCUUCUUUACGUAGUAACUUAUGAUCUUAUACUAUGGGGAACUAAAGAAUUUUUAUUUUACAAGGACGAAAAUAUUAGUUCAGUGGUAUUUUUGGGUUUAUUAAUUUUGGGUUUACAUAAUUUAUUUGUCCUACCAAAGGUUGUGCCUAUUUUGUUCUGGUAUUUGCCUAUUAGAUUUAUGCUCGUUAUCUCCAUUUGGGCUGUUGCGAUAUUGUUUCAUCCUGUUGUAAGAAAUAGACUAUUGAACUGGAUGUAUAAUGAGGAAACUCGAUUAUAUUUUGUUAACUUGGACAACCAGAUAGAAGAAUUUCUAUUAGAUUUGAUUGUGAAAGUGGAUGACGAACAAGUCAAAAUUGAAACGAAACAAGUAGAAAUCUUCGAACUUCAAAGAUAUGAUAAAACUAGUAAAAUUUGGGAAUUAAACGGAUUUACUAAUGAUUUCUAUACUAUAAAUAGUCCUAUGCGAAAACUAAAGCAAGAGUAUUUGAAGGGUAAAAAUAAUGAUAAAAAUGAUGACGAAGAAGAUGGUGAAAAAUCUGAAAAUGUUGAUAUCAAUACAGUACCACAUAUUAAUGCCAUAAAGCCGCCGAUAGAUUGGGAAUUCAAUGAAGAGUCCUGGAAAUUAGAUUUGAAUGUCAAUGAUUGGGUUAAUUCCAAUUUACUCGCAGAUCUUGUCAUGAUUGACACCGAUGAGAAGUGGGUUUACGAUCUAGAAUCGUUGACCACCCCUGAAUUCUUCAGAAGAAGACGUUGGGUUAGAAGUUGUAAAAGACAAAGUUCGAUCAAAGACAUAAACCAAAGCAAUUCGGGUUCGGUAUAUAGCGAUUAUCUAUUAUAG